AUGACCAGCCUCAGCCCCAAGGACAAAGCCACCGUGAAGGCCUUCUGGAACCAGGUCCAGGGCUACACGGACGACAUUGGCAGGGAUGCUCUGAGCAGGCUGAUUGCUGUGUACCCACAAACCAAGACCUACUUUGCUCACUGGAAGGAUGUCAGCCCAAACUCUGCUAACGUCGCCAAACACGGUGUCACCAUCAUGGCCGCUGUUUCAGACGCUGUCACCAAAAUUGAUGACUUAAAGGCUGGACUCCUGCAGCUUAGUGAGCUGCAUGCCUUCACUCUGCGUGUGGACCCAGCUAACUUCAAGCUCCUGGCCCACUGCAUCAAUGUGGUUCUUGCCAUCAAGUUCCCUGAGAAUUUCACCGCUGAGGUUCACAUGGCUUUUGACAAGUUCCUGGCUGCACUGGCUCUGGCUCUGUCUGAGAAGUACAGAUAA